GUCACUAUGAUGCUCUGAGACCCAGUCAGGCGUUUGAGUUCACACGGGACCCGUCUGUCGGUCAGAUAGCUCUGGCUUUCCUCCAGGCCUCCUUCGCCUUCAGCGGCUGGAACUUCCUGAACUACGUCACUGAGGAGGUGGUGGAGCCACGCAAGAACCUGCCCCGGGCUAUCUACAUAUCCAUUCCCCUGGUGACGUUAGUCUACACUCUGACCAACAUUGCAUACUUCUCCUCCAUGACCCCCGAAGAGCUGUUGGCAUCCAACGCCGUGGCCGUGGUGAGAAUUAAUUAA